AUGGAGGACUCCAAGUCCCGCCGCAAAAAGAAGGUCUUGCUGAUGGGCAAAUCCGGCUCCGGCAAGUCCUCCAUGCGCUCCAUCGUCUUCUCGAACUACGUCGCAAAAGACACCCGUCGGCUAGGCGCCACUAUCGACGUCGAACACAAUCAUGUCCGAUUUCUUGGCGGUUUAACUCUCAACCUGUGGGACUGUGGUGGUCAGGAUGCCUUCAUCGACAACUAUCUCAACAGCCAGCGAGACCAUAUCUUCAAGCACGUCGAGGUUCUGAUCUAUGUUUUCGAUAUCGAGUCCCGAGAAUUCGAUCGCGAUCUUAUCACCUAUGUCAACUGUGUCGAGGCGCUACGGGAUAACAGUCCUAAUGCUCACAUAUUCUGUCUGAUUCACAAAAUGGACUUGGUACAGCUUGAUUACCGUGACGCUGCCUUCCAAGAACGAUCGGCUCUCCUCCGGAAAAAGUCCCUGGGUAUGGAAAUCACGUGUUUCGCGACAUCGAUAUGGGACGAAACGCUGUAUAAGGCAUGGGCUUCGAUUGUGUACACGCUGAUACCAAAUGGACCGAUACUUGAGCGACAUCUUACGGCAUUCGCAGAGAUCGCGGAGGCCGAAGAGGUUAUCCUGUUUGAACGAACGACAUUUCUGGUUAUUGCCCACGUUACAAGAGGAGCGGUGCAAAACCCGUUCCCGGACCGGUUUGAGAAGAUCAGUAAUAUCGUAAAACAAUUCAAACAGAGUUGCUCGUACGUAUACAAUAUAUCCCAAGCCACUUUCGUUCGAUCGACCGGUUGCGCUUUAAAACUGAUUCUAUGGGCUUUAAUGGGGGGAUGGCUGACGAGUAGGCUUCUUGAUAGGAAAAUGGCAUCGAAUUUCACGGCGUUCGAAUUGAGGGCGCAUAAGUUUUCCGCCUUUAUAGACAUUCUGACCCCGAAUACAUACAUCUUGGUAGUCAUGCCGGCGAAUGCAGCAGAGAGCACAACGACGUUGAUGAAUAUCGCAACGUGUAGGAAACAUUUUGAGAAGUUGGAGGUGAUCGAUAAGGCAGUGGGGAGGUAG